AUGACCGAAGCAUUUGUAACGACGGAUAUCAUUGUUAUUGUUGUAUUAAUUGUGGUAUUAGCGUGCAUUGGUGCUUGUGCAUUUCUCACACAUUUUUAUUGGACAUCAAUUGGCGUUGCCGAAGUAUGGAAUACGACAAAAUGGAGUUCUAUACGAAGUUCAAUUUUUCGUACAAUGGGACGUUUUAGUCGUGCUAGUAGUAAAUAUAGUUCAGGACGGCCACUAAGUGGCUUUUCGAAUUAUAAUGAAGAGGGUAUAUCAAAUUUCCCUCCAUCAUCAAACGAACAUCCAUCAUCAGCUGUUAUUCUACAACAAAAACAACCGAAACAACAAGAAACAAAAGUUCAAAAGCAAUCUCAAUCGUCCCCAUCACUGCAAAAGUCACCUGGUAAAGUUAAAGAGCAGAAAAAUGCAGUAUGGUCAUCAAAUUUCAAACGACCACAACAACAUACAUCUGACGUGACUAAUACUAGACGUAGUUCACGAGGUAUUAAUCAAGUACAACCGGUAUCGACAAUCACUUAUAAUAAUUCUUCGUCUGGUAAUACGGCAACAUACAAACAAAAAUCUUCAUCACAAUAUGCAACAAAAAUUGGUCAACCACUAACAAAUACAAAAAUCCACAAUAUCUAUGAACAUAAUAAUGCAUAUAAUGAAGAUGAUAAAUGUGAAGUAAAUACAGAGUAUCUCUAA